AUGGGAUACUCUAAGACGGCGAUUUUAUCAGUUUAUGAUAAGACAGGGUUGCUUGAUUUGGCCAAGGGGUUGGCUGAGAAUAACGUUAGGAUCUUGGCAUCGGGCGGUACUGCACGUAUGGUUCGCGAGGCGGGGUUUACAGUUGAGGAUGUUUCUUCCAUUACGCAUGCUCCGGAGAUGCUAGGAGGCAGGGUGAAAACUUUGCAUCCAGCGGUUCACGGGGGGAUUCUCGCUAGGAAUCUGGAAUCGGACGAGAAGGAUCUAAAGGAGCAAGGGAUUGAGAAGGUUGAUUUUGUUGUAUGUAACUUGUAUGCUUUCAAGGAGACGGUUGCUAAGGUUGGUGUUACUGUUCCUGAAGCUGUGGAGGAGAUUGACAUCGGUGGGGUGACGUUAUUGAGGGCGGCUGCUAAAAACCACGCUCGGGUGACGAUUUUAUCUGAUCCAAAAGACUAUCCGCAGUUUUUGAAUGAAUUGUCCAAGGGACAGAUUACCACUGAAUUGAGGAAUAAGUUGGCUUUGAAGGCGUUUGAACAUACCGCAGAUUACGAUGCAGCGAUUUCUGAUUUUUUCAGAAAACAGUACUCUGAAGGCACUUCUCAAUUGCCCUUGCGUUACGGUGCGAACCCACAUCAAAAACCUGCACAGGCUUUUGCCGCUCAGCAGGAGGAGUUGCCGUUUAAGGUUUUAUCAGGAUCACCAGGCUAUAUCAAUUUGCUUGAUGCUUUGAACUCCUGGCCUUUAGUCAAGGAGCUCUCUGCGUCUUUGAACUUACCUGCUGCUGCAUCAUUCAAGCAUGUUUCCCCCGCUGGUGCAGCUGUUGCAUUGCCUUUGUCAGAUGUUGAAAAGCAAGUAUAUUUUGUUUCUGAAAUUGAGGAGCUAUCUCCAUUGGCUUGUGCAUAUGCCAGAGCCCGUGGUGCUGAUAGGAUGUCUUCCUUUGGCGAUUGGAUUGCCUUAUCUAACAUAGUGGAUGUUCCUACAGCAAUGAUAAUUUCCAAGGAAGUUUCUGAUGGGGUUAUUGCUCCGGGUUAUGAGCCAGAGGCUUUGGAAAUCUUAAAGAAGAAGAAGGCUGGCAAGUACUGCAUUUUGCAAAUUGAUCCUAACUACACCCCCGAACCUCUAGAAUCUAGGCAAGUAUAUGGUGUAACCUUACAGCAGAAGAGAAAUGAUGCCAUCAUUAACAAAUCUUCAUUUAAGGAGAUUGUUUCUGCAAAUAAAAAUUUGACUGAACAAGCAAUUGUCGAUUUGACUGUAGCUACUCUAGCUCUAAAGUACACACAAUCUAAUUCAGUUUGUUACGCUAAGAACGGUAUGGUCAUCGGAUUAGGUGCCGGCCAACAGUCUAGAAUCCACUGCACUAGAUUGGCUGGUGAUAAGGCUGAUAACUGGUGGUUAAGACAACAUCCAAAAGUGUUAGCCUUCAAAUGGGCCAAGGGCGUCAAAAGACCAGAAAAGUCGAAUACCAUCGAUUUGUAUGUUACCAACCAAAUUCCAACCGAAGAGCCUGAGAAAUCAGAAUACAACUCGAAGUUUGAAGAAAUCCCAGAACCAUUAUCCCCUGAAGAAAGAACAGAAUGGCUAUCCAAGUUAACCAAUGUCGCUUUAUCCUCAGAUGCCUUUUUCCCAUUCCCAGACAAUGUCUACAGAGCUGCUAGGUCUGGUGUAAAAUACAUUGCUGCUCCUUCUGGUUCCGUAAUGGACAAGGCUGUUUUUGCUGCUGCUGAUUCCUUUGAUUUGGUUUACAUCGAAAACCCCAUCCGUUUAUUCCAUCACUAG